AUGGGGCGAGAUGCACGCAACACGACAGAACCAGGACCUCAACAACCUCCUUAUGGCUUCCAACUCCAUUCGAGUAACAUGUCUUCUGCCGAGACAUCUGUAGCGGUCAAAGCAAAGAGAAGAAGAACGAGUCCCCAGGACUGUGCCACCCUCGAAGCCGCGUACCAACAAAACUCCAAACCAGACAAGGCCGAAAGAGCCCAGAUAGUCCGCCGGGUUGCACUCGGCGAGAAAGAAGUUCAGAUAUGGUUCCAGAACCGUCGCCAGAAUGACCGCCGUCGGUCCAAACCACUGCAGCCUCAUGAGCUCGUUGCCCAUCUACGUAACAAUGCUGCGAGCCCUGUUCCUGCUCAGACGAGCUCAUCUCCAGUUCCUGAGGACCUUUCCGCCUCUUUGCCCCAUUUCAACUCAACUCUGGCGCCUGUUGAGCCAAUCAACCGACCCGCUUCGCGAGGCUCAAGCAUUCACGAUCUUCUCAACCCAUCCCCAUCAGAGGAUGAGACUAGCGUCAAGCAUAGCUCCCAGGAAACCCUUGGCAGAAUCACGCCGCCAUCCAGCUUUGAGGAGGGCGGGUUGAGCAUUGGGACCAUGCCGCCUGCAGAUGGGAUUCAAAAGGACGUGCCCGAGAAUUGUGAUACCCAGUUGGAAGCUAGUAGUGACCAGGGAAGCGCUAGAAAGAGAGGCCACGAUGAGAUGACCGGAGUAAAAUCUCCUAGUCACGGACCAGAGGGACAAGGGAAGACCGGAGUGAUCAGUGUCUCUAAGGAACCUCUUGUGAGAACGUCGAGUUUUGUACGGCUGGCAAUGACUGUGGACGGAGCUGUCAAGGUUCGGACCAACAAUGACCCCACACCAUCCCCAGAAAAGCCACGGGCUUCACCUCCAACCGCACAUAACAAGGAAAAGGCCCCCCUGGUUCGCAGCAAAAGCGCCUUGAAUGGUGUGGAGGUUUUCCGCGAGAGCGCACAAGGGGCAGGGUCGAAAGGAAUAUUUGGCCGAUCUCGGGACGCCAGAACUUGGGAGUUUUACUGCGAUAGUAAGACCAAAGAUGCCCUUUCGACCCAGGCUGAAGCCGAAAGUGCGGGAUCUGCUGUCAGCGCCAUCAACCUCAUUCGAUCAAACAGUUUCAAGCCGCGUCUGCAGGCUCUCAGCCCAUCUUUGUCGAAGACCAAUGCUCGCCUGGCCACUCCGAAAGAAACCAGACGGAAGCUGUCUCGCGCGAAGUCUUCACUGGGGCGUCUACAAGGCCUGGAUUUAGCGGUGGAGCCAUCGGGUUGCAAAUCUAAGCCUGUUCACGGCCACGUCAGAUCACCAUCUGGAGACUCAGACAAAGAGAAUUGGGCGCCUGGUACGAGACUGUCGGAGCAUCCUUUACGCAGAACGCAGCCUAGCGCACGUCAACGGCCGGUCUUGCAGGAAAAUGAGGAGAUGACGUUCCCAGAUGCCAGUUCUUCACGAAAGCGCCAUGAAGAAGGGUUUGACAGUCAGCAAUCCCCAACAAAAGAGAAGGCCAAAGGUGAAGAGCUCGACUGCGUGCAGGGGCUGCUUUCGCUCAGCCAGGGAGCUUGGUCCAGAUGA